UCUAAUAUUUUUCCAUGUCUCAACUUGGUAAACAUAUGGGAUAUAGUUAAAAUUAAUGUUAAUGUCUUUCUCUGUUCAUUUUAAUAUGUGUCAGUUUGGGGUUAGUUUGGAUCAAAAUAAGGAUUGAUUGGUUGUUAUUAUGGGCUGUGUUUUCUUGCUUAUUUAUAUGCCUAGUAAUAGGAUGCCAGGAUGCCAGACAUUGGAAAUUUUACCUUGUUGAGUAAUGGUCAUUUUUUUUUUUUUUUUUUUUUUGAGACAGUCUCGCUCUGUUGCCCAGGCUGGAGUGCAGUGGUGCCAUCUCGGCUCACUGCAAGCUCCGCCUCCCAGGUUCACGCCAUUCUCCUGCCUCGGCCUCCUGAGUAGCUGGGACUACAGGCGCCCGCCACCGUGCCCCGCUAAUUUUUUGUAUUUUUAAUAGAGAUGGGGGUUUCACCGUGUUAGCCAGGAUGGUCUCGAUCUCCUGACCUCAUGAUCCGCCCACCUCGUCCUCCCAAAGUGCUGGGAUUACAGGUGUGAGCCACUGCACCCAGCCAAUUUUUUAUUCCUAUAUACAUUUUCUUGAGCUUUGUUUUGGGGUGUAUUUAAGAUCACUGGAAAGUUGGAUCCUUUCAGGUCUCGUUUUGAUGGUUCAUUAGGUGGGUCCAGAGCAAUGCUCAGUCUAAGACGGAUUCUUUCCCAUUCCUGAGAUGCUUGAGUACUCCACGCAGAGCCCUAUAAAUUGUGAGUUUUUCCCGUCUGACUUGUGGCGACCCCCAUCUCUACAAAAAAAAUAAAGAGGCUGGGCACAGUGGCUCAUGCCUGUAAUCCCAGUACUUUGAGAGGCUGAGGCAGGUAGAUCACCUGAGGUCAGCAGUUUGAGACCAGCCUGGCCAACAUGGUGAAACCCAGUCUCUACUAAAAAUACAAAAAUGUAGCUGGGUGUGGUGGUGGGUGCCUAUAAUCCUAGCUACUCCACUGAGGCUGAGGCAGGAGAAUCGCUUGAACCUGGGAGGCAGAGGUUGCAGUGAGCUGAGAUCGCGCCACUACACUCCAACCUGGGCGACAAGAGCAACACGCCAUCUCAAAAUAUAAAAAUCAGUAAAUAAAUAAAUAAAAGACUAUCUCAUCCAGAAAUGCCUUUAUAGAUACGCCCAUAAAUAAAUGUUCAACCAAGUAUCUGUGCACCCUGUGGUCCCUUCAAGUUGACACAUGAAAUUACCCUUCACUCCAGCCUUCAGCCAUGGGUUUGUGUCAUGCAUAGAUUUCUAGAACUCCCUCUUUACAUAGUGCCCUCCUUUCUUUUUUCUGCCCCAUUUCUCUGCCAUUUCAGCUGUCUCAGCCUGAUCUCUGCCUCCUCAUCUCUGUCUCCUCAGCCCAGUGGGAUCUCCCUACUGUGGUCAGACUCCAGCUCUCUGCACUGCAGUUGGGAAAUGAUCCCCAGGUAGAGGAACUAGGUGACUCUGGGGCUCAUCCCACAAGUUUCCUUUCACUUAGGGAUCGGUCUUUUGCUUCCUGUUGUCCUCUGCCUGAAAGUAGUUGCCAAGUUGUACUGUUUUAUAUAUCCACAACAGCAUGUGUUAAACCAAAGUCUGGAUCAGCAGACUGCCAGAUUUUUUUUUAACAAAUUUAUUAAUCAAUACAUUUUGUCCAUGUCUACAGUUGUUUAUGGUGGGAGGACUAACCUACAGCUGGAAGGAUUAAUUUUCAGCUGCUUUAUAGUAUUUUAUUAUAUGAAUUAUACCAGUUUGCCCAUCCUUGUGUUGAUAGACAUUACCCAUGAAGUGUGUUCAAAUUGUCUGUAAUACAAAUAAUGCUUCAGUGACUAUCUACCCAGAAUGGGAUUGCGGGUUUAUAGGAUACAUACUUCUUCACCCUUAUUUUUUACUAGAUAUUGCCAAAUUGCUUUCCAAAUUGUACUGUUUCAUAUAUCCACAACGGCAUGAGUUCUGUUUGUUCCACAUCUAUGCCAAGACUUGAUCUUGUUAAAUUAAUUUUUCUAGUGUGUAAAUGAGUGCAAAAUAUUGUUAGUCUUUCCUAGAUUACUAGUGAGGUUAAAUGUAUAUGUGUAUGUACAUAUAUGCACAUAUGUAUAUAUUAUUAGGUAUUUGUGUUUCCCAUUCAAUAGCUUUUUUAUAUCAAUUGUCCCUUUUAAAAAUUGGGUCAUCUUUUUGUUAUUGAUUCUUUGGAGUUCUUUAUAAAUUCUACUUAUGAAUCCUCUUUUGGUUAUGUGUAUUACGUUGUUUUUCCCAGUCUUGGCUUUUUUUUAGAUGCAUAUCUUGUCUUUUCCUAUACAGAAGUGUUAACUUUUUGUGUGUGUGUGAUGAGUCCCACUCUGUUGCCCAGGCUGGAGUGCAGUGGUGUGAUCUCGGCUCACUGCAACCUCUGCCUUCUGGGUUCAAGCGAUUCUCUAGCCUCAGCCUCCUGAGUAGUUAGUACUAUAGGCCAGGCAAAUUUUUGUGUUUUUUAUUUUUUUUAGUAGAGACUGGGUUUUACCACGUUGCCUAGGCUGGUCUCGAACUCCUGAUCUCAAAGCAAUCCGCCAGCCUCCCCUCCAAAUGUGCUAGAUUAUGUGUAAGCCAUCAUGCCUGGCCCAGAAGUACUAACUUUUAAUGUAGUCAGAUUUAUCUAUAUUUUCCUAAAUGAUUUGUGCCCUUUGUGUAUUCAUCUCUUAACCUCUAAACACAGGAGUGCCCAGAGGACUCAGGCUAUGGACCUCUCUAUUUUCAUUAAUUCUCAAUAAUCUUGCUUGGUUUCAGGACAUCUGUGCCCUGAUGGCUUUUAUAUGUAGCUCCUCCAGUUAACUCCAGCCAUAUACAAUAAUUUAAAGAGCCCCUACCGACCUAGAUACUAUGUUUCUUCUUCCCCUAUUACCCAAGUUUCUUGAGUAGGGAGUCUGCAGUCACUGCCUCCAUUUCUUCACCUUCCAGUCACUGUUCAACCCAGGGCAGCUUGGCUUUUGUCCCACUAGUCUACUGAUACUGAGAUUUUUUUCUUAAGCAACACAGCCCACCCUCCGCCACCCCCCCUUUUUUUUUUCAAAUUAAGUCUUAUGUGAAAUCACAGUAUAUUAAGUAGAAGAAUUACUUUGGCACUGGGUUAGGGAGGAUCUGGAACCCAAACUGCACCUUCUUCUCAUCUCUCUGAGUUGCCCCAGAGGCAAUUAUACCUUUCCAACUUUUCUAUCCUCCAAACACCCUAAUCUCCAGCGAUACUGAACAAUUCCAUCUCUGGACUUCUGCACAGUGCUCCUUCAUCUGCCUUGAACCUGCCAGACCUCUCAGCUCCAGGAGCACUUCCCUGCCUUCCUUCCCCUUUAUCAUAACUUUUUUUUUUUUUUUUUUUUGAGAUGGACUCGCUCUGUCGCCCAGGCUGGAGUGCAGUGGCAUGAUCUCGGCUCACUGCCAACCUCCACCUCCCGGACUCAAGCAAUUCUUCUGUCUCAGCCUCCCGAGCAGCUGGGACUACAGGCACGCGCCACCAUGCCCAGCUAAUUUUUGUAUUUUUCGUAGAGACGGGGUUUCACCAUAUUGGUCAGGCCUGUCUUGAACUCCUGACCUCAGGUGAUCCGCCUGCCUUGGCCUUCCGAAGUGCUGGGAUUACAGGCAUGAGCCACUGCGCCUGGCCUCCUCCUUUUUUUUUGUUCCCGUUAUCACACUGAUAACAUUGAAUUGCAGUCUUUUACUUACACAUCUUCCUUACUAAACAGAGCUUAUAAAGAUCAGAGAUCCUCUAUUUUCCCCCUUAAUCUCUUUAAUGUACAUAAACAAUGGAAUUAAUAAAUCAAUGAAUGAAUGUCUGAAGAAACUUAACUACACCAAAGUGUAUUGGCAGACUACCAGACUUUUUAAACAGCUUUAUUAAGAUAUAAUUUACAUACUAUACAAUUCAUAGGGUGGUGCAACCGCCAACACAGUCUAAUUUUAAACUAUGUUUAUGCUACUAGGAGAAAGCCUGUAACUAUAAGCAGUCACUUUCUAUUCCCCACCCCCAAACCCACUCCCUAGCCCUAGGCAACCACUAAUCUACUUUCUCAGACCGAUAACUUUAGCACAGGUAUAGAUCGAUCACAGAGCCUCAAAAUCCACCCGAUAUCUGGGCCAUGAUGUGAAAUUUGGUAGGUAAUCGUCCCACGUUAUCAACUUGUAGAAAUGGAGUGGGGGGGGACUCAGCCGCCAGUGGCGUUUGUGAAAAGCACCUGGUAACAGGCUGUGCUGGAGGGGAGUUCAGCCCCUAGAAAAGAUCACAGAUUAGGAAUUAUGCCUCCCAGCCGACACCCUGCAAGGCCACCGGGACCGCUUCAUGGAGCAGUUUACAAAGUUGAAAGAUCUGUUCUACCGCUCCAGCAACCUGCAGUACUUCAAGCGGCUCAUCCAGAUCCCCCAGCUGCCCGAGAACCCACCCAACUUCUUGCGAGCCUCAGCCCUGUCAGAACAUAUCAGCCCCGUGGUGGUGAUCCCUGCAGAGGCCUCAUCCCCCGACAGCGAGCCAGUCCUAGAGAAGGAUGACCUCAUGGACAUGGAUGCCUCUCAGCAGAAUUUAUUUGACAACAAGUUUGAUGACAUCUUUGGCAGCUCAUUCAGCAGUGAUCCCUUCAAUUUCAACAGUCAAAACGGCGUUAACAAGGAUGAGAAGGACCACUUAAUUGAGCGACUAUACAGAGAGAUCAGUGGACUGAAGGCACAGCUAGAAAACAUGAAGACUGAGAGCCAGCGGGUUGUGCUGCAGCUGAAGGGCCGCGUCAGCGAGCUGGAAGCAGAGCUGGCUGAGCAGCAGCAUCUGCGGCAGCAGGCGGCCGACGACUGUGAGUUCCUGCGGGCAGAACUGGACGAGCUCAGGAGGCAGCGGGAGGACACCGAGAAGGCUCAGCGGAGCCUGUCUGAGAUAGAAAGGAAAGCUCAAGCCAAUGAACAGCGAUAUAGCAAGCUAAAGGGGAAGUACAGCGAGCUGGUUCAGAACCACGCUGACCUGCUGCGGAAGAAUGCAGAGGUGACCAAACAGGUGUCCGUGGCCAGACAAGCCCAGGUAGAUUUGGAACGAGAGAAAAAAGAGCUGGAGGAUUCGUUGGAGCGCAUCAGUGACCAGGGCCAGCGGAAGACUCAAGAGCAGCUGGAAGUUCUAGAGAGCUUGAAGCAAGAACUCGCCACAAGCCAACGGGAGCUCCAGGUUCUCCAAGGCAGCCUGGAAACUUCUGCCCAAUCAGAAGCAAACUGGGCAGCCCAGUUCACUGAGCUAGAGAAGGAGCGGGACAGGCUGGUGAGUGGCGCAGCUCAUAGGGAGGAGGAAUUAUCUGCUCUUCGGAAAGAACUGCAGGACACUCAGCUCAAACUGGCCAGCACAGAGGAAUCUAUGUGCCAGCUUGCCAAAGACCAACGAAAAAUGCUUCUGGUGGGGUCCAGGAAGGCUGCGGAGCAGGUGAUACAAGACGCCCUGAACCAGCUUGAAGAACCUCCUCUCAUCAGCUGCGCUGGGUCUGCAGAUCACCUCCUCUCCACGGUCACAUCCAUUUCCAGCUGCAUCGAGCAACUGGAGAAAAGCUGGAGCCAGUAUCUGGCCUGCCCAGAAGACGUCAGUGGACUUCUCCAUUCCAUAACCCUGCUGGCCCACUUGACCAGCGAUGCCAUUGCUCAUGGUGCCACCACCUGCCUCAGAGCCCCACCGGAGCCUGCCGACUCACUGACCGAGGCCUGUAAGCAGUAUGGCAGGGAAACCCUCGCCUACCUGGCCUCCCUGGAGGAAGAGGGAAGCCUUGAGAAUGCCGACAGCACAGCCAUGAGGAACUGCCUGAGCAAGAUCAAGGCCAUCGGCGAGGAGCUCCUGCCCAGGGGCCUGGACAUCAAGCAGGAGGAGCUGGGGGACCUGGUGGACAAGGAGAUGGCGGCCACUUCAGCUGCUAUUGAAACUGCCACGGCCAGAAUAGAGGAGAUGCUCAGCAAAUCCCGAGCAGGAGACACAGGAGUCAAAUUGGAGGUGAAUGAAAGGAUCCUUGGUUGCUGUACCAGCCUCAUGCAAGCUAUUCAGGUGCUCAUCGUGGCCUCUAAGGACCUCCAGAGAGAGAUUGUGGAGAGCGGCAGGAGUACAGCAUCCCCUAAAGAGUUUUAUGCCAAGAACUCUCGAUGGACAGAAGGACUCAUCUCAGCCUCCAAGGCUGUGGGCUGGGGAGCCACUGUCAUGGUGGAUGCAGCUGAUCUGGUGGUACAAGGCAGAGGGAAAUUUGAGGAGCUAAUGGUGUGUUCUCAUGAAAUUGCUGCUAGCACAGCCCAGCUUGUGGCUGCAUCCAAGGUGAAAGCUGAUAAGGACAGCCCCAACCUAGCCCAGCUGCAGCAGGCCUCUCGGGGAGUGAACCAGGCCACUGCCGGCGUCGUGGCCUCAACCAUUUCUGGCAAAUCACAGAUUGAAGAGACAGACAACAUGGACUUCUCAAGCAUGACGCUGACACAGAUCAAACGCCAAGAGAUGGAUUCCCAGGUUAGGGUGCUAGAGCUAGCAAAUGAAUUGCAGAAGGAGCGUCAAAAACUGGGAGAGCUUCGGAAAAAGCACUACGAGCUUGCUGGUGUUGCUGAGGGCUGGGAAGAAGGAACAGAGGCAUCUCCACCUACACUGCAAGAAGCGGUAACUGAAAAAGAAUAGAGCCAAACCAACACCCCAUAUGUCAGUGUAAAUCCUUGUUACCUAUCUCGUGUGUGUUAUUUCCCCAGCCACAGGCCAAAUCCUUGGAGUCCCAGGGGCAGCCACACCACUGCCAUUACCCAAUGCCAAGGACAUGCAUGACACUUCCAAAGACUCCCUCCAUAGCGACACCCUUUUUGUUUGGACCCAUGGUCGUCUCUGUUCUUUCCCCGCCUCCCUAGUUAGCAUCCAGGCUGGCCAGUGCUGCCCAUGAGCAAGCCUAGGUACAAAGAGGGGUGGGGGGGGCAGGGCCACUCAACAGAGAGGACCAACCUCCAGUCCUGCUGACUAUUUGACCCCCACACGAUGGGUAUCCUUAAUAGAGGGGCUGCUUGUUGUUUGUUGACAGCUUGGAGAGGGAAGAUCUUAUGCCUUUUCUUUUCUGUUUUCUUCUCAGUCUUUUCAGUUUCAUCAUUUGCACAAACUUGUGAGCAUCAGAGGGCUGAUGGAUUCCAAACCAGGACACUACCCUGAAAUCUGCACAGUCAGAAGGACGGCAGGAGUGUCCUGGCUGUGAAUGCCAAGGCCGUUCUCCCCCUCUUUGGGCAGUGCCAUGGAUUUCCACUGCUUCUUAUGGUGGUUGGUCGGGUUUUUUGGUUGUAUUUUUUUUUUUUAAGUUUCACUCACAUAGCCAACUCUCCCAAAGGGCACACCCCUGGGGCUGAGUUUCCAGGGCCCCCCCACUGUGGCAGCUCCGGCGAUGGUGCUGCCCAGGCCUCUCGGUGCUCCACCUCCGCCUCCAUACUGAGCAAGUGCUGGCCCACCCAGUCCAUGCUCCAGGGUCAGGCGGAGCUGCUGAGUGACAGCUUUCCUCAAAAAGCAGAAGGAGAGUGAGUGCCUUUCCCUCCUAAAGCUGAACCCUGGCGGAAAGCCUCUGUCCACCUUCACAAGGGAGAAUACAACAGAAAGAGGGACAAGAGGGUUCACACAGCUCAGUUCCCAUGACCAGGCUCAAAAACUUGAUCACAUGCUUGAAUGGAGCUGGUGAGAUCAACAACACUACUUCCCUGCUGGAAUGAACUGGCCGUGAAUGGUCUGUGUCAAGUGGGCCAUCUCCCUUGGCCCAGAGAGGGAGCCUGGGAGCAAUUCCCAACUCCUUUCUGCAGAUGUCUGCCUUGGCAUCCUCUUGAAUAGGAAGAUCGUUCCACCUUCUACAUAAUUGACAAACCCGGAAGAUCAGAUGCAAUUGCUUCCAUCAGGAAAGAACCCUAUACUUGGUUUGCUACCCUUAGUAUUUAUUACUAACCUCCCUUAAGCAGCAACAUCCUACAAAGAGAUGCUUGGAGCAAUCAGGACUUCAGGUGUGACUCUAGCAAGGCUCAUCUUUCUGCCCGGCUACAUCAGCCUUCAAGAAUCAGAAGCAAGGCCAAGGUGCUGGACUGUUACUGACUUGGAUCCCAAAGCAAGGAGAUCAUUUGGAGCUCUUGGGUCGGAGAAAAUGAGAAAGGACAGAGCCAGCGGCUCCAGCUCCUUUCAGCCACAUGCCCCAGGCUCCCGCUGCCCUGUGGACAGAAUGAGGACAGAGGGCACAUGAACAGCUUGCCAGGGAUUGGCAGCCCAACAGCACUUUUCCUCUUCUAGAUGGACCCCAGCAUUUAAGUGACCUUCUGAUCUUGAAAAAACAGCGUCUUCCUUCUUUAUCUAUAGCAACUCAUUGGUGGUAGCCAUCAAGCACUUCCCAGGAUCUGCUCCAACAGAAUAUUGCUAGGUUUUGCUACAUGACGGGUUGUGAGACUUCUGUUUGAUCACUGUGAACCAACCCCCAUCUCCCUAGCCCACCCCUCUCCCCAACUCCCUCUCUGUGCAUUUUCUAAGUGGGACAUUCAAAAAACUCUCUCCCAGGACCUCGGAUGACCAUACUCAGAUGUGUAACCUCCAUACUGGGCUAAGGAAGUAUCAGCACUAGAAAUUGGGCAGUCUUGUGUUGAAUGCUGCUUUCUGCUUAGUAUUUUUUUGAUUCAAGGCUCAGAAGGAAUGGUGCGUGGCUUCCCUGUCCCAGUUGUGGCAACUAAACCAAUUAGUGUGUUCUUGAUGCAGGUCAACAUUUCCAAAAGUGGCUAGUCCUCACUUCUAGAUCUCAGCCAUUCCAACUCACAUGUUCCCAAUCACCAAUGGGGUGGCCGGGCACAGUGGCUCACGCCUGUAAUCCCAGCACUUUGAGAGGCUGAGGCGGGUGGAUCACCUGAGGUCGGGAAUUCGAGACCAGCCUGGCCAACAUGGUGAAACCCCAUCUCUGCUAAAAAUACCAAAAAUUAGCCAAGCGUAGUGACGGGUGCCUGUAAUCCCAGCUACUCAGGAGGCUGAGACAGGAGAAUCUCCUGAACCCUGGAGGCAGAGGUUGCAGUGAGCUGAGAUCACGCCAUUGUACUCCAGCCUGGGCAACAAGAGCAAAACUCCGUCUCAAAAAAAAAAAAAACAAAAAAAAAACAAAAAAAUUACAAGUAGGGCAAAAAGUCUAGUGUAAUGGAUCAAAUUAAGAUUCUCUGCCCAGCCGGGCACAGUGGCUCAUGCCUGUAAUCCCAGAACUUUGGGAGGCCAAGGCAGGAUGAUUGCUUGAGCUCAGGAGUUUGAGACCAAGCUGGGCAUCAUAGCGAGACCUCAUCUCUACUAAAAUUCAAAAACAAAAUCAGCUGGGCAUGAUGGUGCGUGCCUGUAGUCUCAGCUAGUUGGGGAGCUGAGGUGGGAGAAUUGCUUGAGCUUGGGAAGUCAAGGCUGCAGUCAGCCCUGAUUGUGCCACUGCACUCCGGCCUGGGUGACAAAGUGAGACCCUGUCUCAAAAAAAAAAAAAGAUUCUCUGUCAGAGCCCAGCCCAGGAGUUUGAGGCUGCAAUGAGCCAUGAUUGCCCACUGCACUUCAGCCUGAGUGACAGAGCGAGACUCCAUCUCUUUAAAAACAAACAAACAAAUUAUCUGAAUAAUCCUGUCUCUAAAAAGAAGCCACAGAAAUGUUUAAAACCUUCAUCGAACUUAGCCUGAGUCAUAACGGUUAAGAAAGCACUUAAACAGAAGCAGAGGCUAAUUCAGUGUCACAUGAGGAAGUAGCUGUCAGAUGUCACAUAAUUACUUUCGUAAUAGCUCAGAUUAGAACGGCUACCCCAUUCUCUAGACUAAAUCAAAUUGUCCUAUUGUGACUCUUCUAAAAAUGAAGAUGAAGAGGUAUUUAAUGACACACCUUGGAUUAAAACGGGAAUCACAUCUUAAAGCUAAAAAUGAACCUGCCAGCCUUUUAAAUGAGUCACUGAGCAUCACUAGUGACAAGUCUUGGGUGAGCGUAAAUGGGUCAUGACAAGAUGGGACAGCAACAAAAUCAUGGCUUAGGAUCGACAAGAAGUUGAAAAACAGCUGCAUCUGUUACUUAAGUUUGUAAGACAGUGCCCUGAGACCUCUAGAGAAAAGAUGUUUGUUUACAUAAGAGAAAGAGGCCGGAUGUGGUGCCUCAUGCAUUUAAUCCCAGCACUUUGGGAGGCAGGGGCGGGUGGAUCACCUGAGGUCAGGAGUUCAAGACUAGCCUGGCCAACAUGGUGAAACCUCGUCUCUACUAAAAAUACAAAAAUUAGCCGGGCAUGGUGGCAGGCACUUAUAAUCCCAGCUACUGGGGAGGCUGAGGCAGGAGAAUCACUUGAACCUGGGGGACGGAGGUUGUAGUGAGCCAAGAUCACACCACUGCACUCCAGCCUGAGUGACAGAGUAAGACUUCAUCUCAAGAAAAAAAAGAGAGAGAAAGAAAUAGAAGAGAAGAGUCACUUUGGCAGGGUUAUUUUAUAUCUGAGCAAGGAGUUUAAAUGAGACUAGUUUAGAUUGUCUGCUGAUGUGGCCGUCCAUAGCAGUAUCCCUAAAAUCCCACCAGAAUACAGGUCCCUCUAACCCAGUGGCUGGAAGAACCACUGUCUAGAGCAACUGUUCUUGGAACUGUCCCAGCUACCAAGUCAGACACCAAGGUUUAUGCCACCAGGUAACACGGGGAUCACAGGUACAUGUCACUCUGGUCAGAUUAGUUGGCUUUGGCCCCUCGACUCUGUGCAGGAGCUAGUUCUCAGCUUGCAGCUGGAAGUUCUCUCUUAGCUCCUUAGUCUAGAGGGGUCUCCUGGCUCCACUUGACCCUGGUCUUUAAUAACCAGUCAGUAUCUUGCUACCUUCUACCACCUUUCCAAAUCUCUGGAAAUCCUGCCAGGGAAAGCCUCCAGUUCCAACGUUGGCUUUCCAAGCAAACUGGCUUUGCCCUCUCUGCCAUCCUUGUCCUCCAGAGACUGCACCACCUGUAGCAUAGAAAACCACCACCACGGACCUGCCAGCCAUCGACGCAGCAAACCAGCCAGCUGUUUGCUGCCAAAUUCCUUCCUCUCCCAGGUCCAGACCAAAUACAAGAUCAGCACCACACCGUGUUGUUGUCAGGAGCCAAAGCAACAGGAAACAAUUCAAUGCUGUUGGGUUCGAUUCUGAGAGUAGAUUUUUCCAGACAUGUCUUUCAGGUGACCCUCAACUACCUCAGGUUUGAAGGCCCUAAAUGAAACUGAUUACCGCUCAUAGGGACAAACCGAGGGGGUUCGGUUACAUCUUGGUGAUAAUGCAAUUGUCUCAAACUUAUAACAAACUCUUUCACAUUUCGGUUUGCAGGGAUAGGGUUGGGUUUUUCUUUUCUUCUGUUUUUAACCUUUCCCCCGGGUUUCCAUUAGGGUAGUUCCUUGAAAUGAAUUUCAUUUUUCACUGAGUGCCUACCUUCCCAGGGCAGGUGGCCACUGGCUUCUGUUUCCCUCCAACAAUACUUUUAUUAUGGUAUUUAGACCUUUCUUUGUAUAAUACAUUGCAUCUGUGUUUUCAAUUUUUCAAAUAAAUAUUUCCGCCUGGCAA